UCUUCCCCUGGCGGAGUGGAAGAAGGGAGUACUGCGGCAGCCGGCAGAGGCGCGGAGGAGCAUCGAGUGCUUUUUGGGGAGGUAGCAGUGCGGCUCGCUCAGUUUUUUCCCUCUCUUGCCGGGUCCUUCUUACCGCAAGUAUCACUGAGCAGAGGAAGGAGCGGGUCCCACGCGUGAUGCUCCGCUUGAGACCGCCGCAUUUCAUCUGAAUUAAAGGACGUCUUGCAGGAGAUAGAGCGCAGCCUGACCUUUUGUCAAAGGCGAGGCAUUUAUACACAGACAUUUUCAACGUGAGGGACAGACACCUCUCAAGCGGCGCAUCACCUGAGAGAAGAAGAAGAAGAGUAACUGCGCCAACAUGGGGUAUGGUCGUUCAGACAGUUACCGCGUUGCCACCACACAGGACAAAGCUGACCGAUCCCCCAAGAAGAAGAAGGGGGCCAAGGACAUGGAUGACCUUAAAAAGGAAGUGCCCAUUACGGAACAUAAGAUGUCCAUUGAGGAAGUGUCCAGAAAAUUCCAGACUGACAUUGUCCAGGGACUGACCAAUGCCAAGGCAGCAGAGUUUCUGAUCCGAGAUGGUCCCAACGCUCUCACCCCUCCGCCCACCACCCCGGAGUGGGUCAAGUUCUGUCGCCAGCUGUUUGGUGGCUUCUCCAUCCUGCUGUGGAUCGGCGCCAUUCUCUGCUUUCUAGCCUACGCCAUCCAGGCAGCCACAGAGGACGACCCAGCAGGCGACAAUUUGUACCUCGGUAUUGUGCUCACAGCUGUGGUCGUCAUCACUGGUUGCUUCUCGUACUUCCAAGAGGCCAAGAGCUCCAAAAUCAUGGAGUCUUUUAAGAACAUGGUGCCACAGCAAGCGCUGGUGAUCCGUGAGGGUGAGAAGGUGCAGAUCAACGCUGAAGAAGUGGUGGCCGGAGAUCUGAUUGAAGUGAAGGGAGGAGACAGGAUCCCUGCCGACAUCAGGGUGGUUUCUGCUCAUGGCUGCAAGGUGGAUAACUCGUCCUUGACGGGAGAAUCAGAACCACAAAGCAGGUCACCUGACAACACCCAUGACAAUCCCCUGGAGACCCGCAACGUUGCUUUCUUCUCCACCAACUGUGUGGAAGGCACAGCGCGUGGAAUCGUCAUCUACACUGGAGAUCGCACAGUCAUGGGUCGCAUUGCUACUCUGGCCUCUGGUUUGGACACCGGCAAAACGCCCAUUGCCAAGGAGAUCGAGCACUUCAUCCAGAUCAUCACGGGCGUGGCCGUCUUCCUGGGCGUGACCUUUUUCAUCCUGGCCAUCGUCCUGGGUUACUCCUGGCUGGAGGCCGUCAUCUUCCUUAUUGGCAUCAUUGUGGCUAAUGUGCCUGAGGGGCUGCUGGCCACAGUCACCGUGUGUCUGACUCUGACCGCCAAGCGUAUGGCGAAGAAGAACUGCCUGGUGAAGAACUUGGAGGCCGUGGAAACCUUGGGCUCGACCUCCACCAUCUGCUCUGACAAGACGGGCACCCUGACCCAGAACAGGAUGACCGUGGCCCACAUGUGGUUCGACAACCAGAUCCACGAGGCCGACACCACCGAGGAUCAGUCAGGUGCUUCUUUUGACAAGAGCUCAGCGACGUGGCAGGCUCUGUCCCGUAUCGCUGCUCUGUGCAACCGUGCGCAGUUCAAAGCCGGCCAGGACUCCAUAGCCAUCCUGAAGCGGGACGUGGCCGGAGACGCCUCCGAGUCGGCUCUGCUUAAGUGCAUCGAGCUGUCCUGCGGCUCAGUCAGGGCGAUGCGGGACAGGAACAAGAAGGUGGCUGAGAUCCCCUUCAACUCCACCAACAAAUACCAGUUAUCAGUGCAUGAAACAGAGGAUCCCAACGACAACCGCUACCUGCUGGUGAUGAAGGGAGCCCCUGAGAGGAUCCUAGAUCGCUGUACAACCAUCAUGAUUCAGGGCAAAGAGCAGCCUAUGGACGAGGAGCUGAAGGAGGCGUUCCAGAGCGCUUACAUGGAGCUGGGAGGACUGGGAGAGCGAGUGCUGGGUUUCUGUCACUAUCUCCUGCCGGAGGACCAGUACCCCAAAGGUUUUGCCUUCGACACCGAUGAUGUUAACUUCCAGACAGAGAACCUCUGCUUCGUUGGCCUCAUGUCCAUGAUCGACCCGCCUCGCGCCGCCGUGCCAGACGCCGUGGGAAAAUGCCGAUCCGCUGGUAUCAAGGUCAUUAUGGUCACUGGUGACCACCCCAUCACAGCCAAAGCCAUCGCCAAGGGAGUGGGCAUCAUCUCGGAGGGAAACGAGACCGUGGAGGACAUCGCGGCUCGUCUCAACAUACCUGUCAGCCAGGUGAACCCGAGGGACGCCAAAGCCUGCGUGAUUCACGGCUGCGACCUGAAGGACCUGUCCCAGGAACAGAUGGACGACAUCCUGAGGAAUCACACAGAGAUCGUGUUCGCUCGCACCUCCCCUCAGCAGAAGCUCAUCAUCGUGGAGGGAUGCCAGAGACAGGGCGCCAUUGUCGCUGUGACAGGUGACGGUGUGAACGACUCGCCUGCUCUGAAAAAGGCCGACAUCGGUGUUGCCAUGGGAAUAUCAGGCUCCGACGUGUCCAAACAGGCUGCAGACAUGAUCUUAUUGGAUGACAACUUUGCCUCUAUUGUCACUGGAGUGGAAGAAGGCCGUUUGAUCUUUGAUAACCUGAAGAAGUCCAUCGCCUACACCUUGACUAGCAACAUCCCGGAGAUCACUCCCUUCCUGUUCUUCAUCAUAGCCAACAUCCCCCUGCCCCUAGGAACCAUCACCAUCCUCUGCAUCGAUUUAGGAACGGACAUGGUUCCAGCUAUUUCCUUGGCCUAUGAAGCUGCAGAGAGCGACAUCAUGAAGCGUCAGCCCAGGAACCCCUUCAGGGACAAGCUUGUGAACGAGAGGCUCAUCAGCAUUGCUUACGGACAAAUUGGGAUGAUCCAGGCCUUGGGAGGAUUCUUCAGCUACUUCGUCAUCCUGGCUGAAAACGGUUUCCUGCCCGGUUUCCUUCUGGGCAUCCGACUCAACUGGGAUGACCGCAGUGUCAACGACCUGGAGGACAGCUAUGGGCAGCAGUGGACGUACGAACAGAGGAAGAUUGUGGAGUUUACGUGUCACACAGCCUUCUUCGUCAGCAUCGUUGUGGUGCAGUGGGCUGAUCUCAUCAUCUGCAAGACCAGGCGCAACUCUGUGUUCCAGCAGGGCAUGAGGAACAAGAUUUUGAUCUUCGGGCUCUUCGAAGAGACAGCCCUGGCUGCCUUCUUGUCCUACUGCCCUGGCAUGGAUGUGGCUCUCAGGAUGUAUCCUCUAAAGCCUAGCUGGUGGUUUUGUGCAUUCCCCUAUAGUUUUCUCAUCUUUGUUUAUGAUGAAGUACGAAAACUUAUCCUCCGCCGGAACCCUGGUGGUUGGGUGGAGAGGGAGACAUACUAUUGAUCAGUGGAGCACCUUCGCUCAAGCCCCCUUUGCAUCCUCUACUCAUCUGUUCUCUCCUUCACUUCAUCCUCGGCAAGACUCAUCUCCAGAUACUCCCCUGCCCCACUUUUGAAGACGAAAAAAAAAAACGCUUUCAAGCAAUUUCCAUCACAACUGCCCCAAAGAUUGAAAACAGCAAAAGCACCUUUACAACUUUCUACAUUGCCCUGCGCCCCCCCCCCCCCCCUUCCCUCCUAUGAUACUCUUUGCAUGUGUUUUCUCACUGCUGUGUACUUAUACCAAUAUAUCUACCAAGCGGCAGCUGCAUAUUGUGUAUGUAGAUUUGAAUGAGCUGAAGAUACAGAGGGAGUGUCUAUGCUCUGCAAAAAAAAAAAGGACCAUUCUGCUUCUCCUCCUCCCUCUCUCCCCCCCCCCCCUCUGUAUUUUAGUACUCCCGUCUCCUUUCUCUCCCCUCGCCAGCAUCCCUUUGCUUGUCCUGCAAUCACACACAGAUUAAAAGAUCACACCGUGUGAUCCCAACGCCGGCCACUACUUCGACUGCCACCUCUCGCCUCUGUCUCCUGUUCCUGGGGGAUCCGCGGAGUGGUCGCUCCCCCCCCACCACCACCACCCCCACCCCGACGAUCUCACAGCGUCCAUUUUUUUUUCCGUUAACUUCUGCUUUCCAUAAUCAGUGUUGUUGUUUUUUUUUUUUUAUAUAUGUGGGGGUGGGAGGGACUUUGAUGAUUUAUCUGUCUUUUUUUAUUGCUGAUAAGGGAGAGAAGGUGUGUGAGGACAGCCUUUUCCUCAUUUAGGCUUAACAAAGCACAUCUCAUGGCAUCCUGUCCUCCCUCUCCGUCCCUUCUGUCUCUCACAGCCCUGCUCUCCCUUUCCCUCCCGCCCCAGUUGUCUCCGUUGGUGUGCACAGUGUGAACCAUUGUCGUUGUUAAUAACUAUUACAGUACAUCCCCUCUUCCCCAAGUUGGUGAAUCAACUCAAUCUUUCUGUGUGCUCUAGGAAAUCUAUAUAAUUCUAUACCUGGAUUUAAACGAGACAAUAAAAAAAAAAAAACACCCCGGUCGAACGGCAACGCAAGAGCGACAUUCACGAAGAGCAUAAACACUAUUGGUCAGGAUAUGCGUCUCUCUUUUUUUGUAUUUUUUUUGUUUUCAGUUUUUUUUUUGUUUAUUUUGCUGGUUUCUCAAGAGGCUAAUCUUCAGUGUAGAAGCAAAGCAGGGUUUCAAGUUGUGUUUAUUAAACCAAAAGGCUUCAGGUUCCCCAUCAAGGCAUGUGUGCAGGUAUGAUGUGGUGAAAGUGUGCUGUGAUGUAUUUCGAGUGGCGACAGAAUGAGUCCAUGUGCCUGGGGCCCGUAUUUACAGGAUCCGGAUCCGGAUCCUGUUCCCGGUUAGUCCGGCUCGGAUCUGUGCACACUUGCGUGUUGGAGACCAGUCGAAGGGGGCCAGCAGUCUCAGCUAGGUCCAUCCCCCCCCAGACCACAGAAAGGGAUGAGAUGGAAAAAGAAAAAAAAAAAAAAAGUCAUACAAAACUUGUAGAAAUAAUGUGUGUCAAAUAAAUGAAACCAACACCAAUAAAACAUCUAGAACAUUUAAUACAACCUAAA